GAAAGGUUUCAACCUGCUGAACCAAUCACGGUCCUCCAGACGAUUAGAGGAAAAUUCAAACGUCUUCGACACUUGUUUUGGAAUACGUAAUCGAAAGAAGGAUGCCGGAUUUUUGAUAACAGUUUUCUGUUCUCCUAUUGAAGGGCUACCAUACAAAUGUUCUAUUAUUUAUAGAAACAAAUUCAUGUUCGCAUUUUAAAGAAAAAGUCCUUAUAUAGUUUUCGAACCAGAGUGAGGUAUUCUCUUGAGUCUCCACUGAGCCUGUAAAGAAUGAAUUACCAGUUGUCAGUGGAAGAGAAAAAGAAUCGGUCUUCCUUCUGGGGAAAAUUAUUUGGAACAUCUAAAAAAUCGAAUAACAAGGAGAAAAAAGAUGGCGAUUCCUUCCAGAGGCAGAGUCCACUUUACCACAGCUUCCAUUUCACGAGCUCUGCCCAAGAAAGUAGCGACUCUCAGGAAGAAGCGGGAAACUUCACAACUCUCGAGAACAGUGCUCUCAUGGAGAUGCACAGAGACUCGGGCAUCAUAUUCUUGAACAAAAAUUCCAUCGCCAACUGCAUGCUGCCCAAAGAGGAAGACAGACGUGUCCAGUUCGCUCCGACUCCCAUGAAUAAGUACUACAAUGUCGAUGUGAAAGCUGCCCCUGCGAGAUGGACAAACACUGAUGAGAACAAGGAAAAUGUUAAGUUCGAGAAAACACCCAAGCCAGCGAAACCCAUUCUCAGAAGAAGCAAAGAGAAUUUAACCCAUAAAGAAUCUUUGUCCGACCUCAACAAAGAAGCAAGUAAAAUUAAAGUAAAUGUUACUUAUAUUGAUGGACCUGAAGUUAAAAAGACUCCGAACAUUCCAAGAACCUCCACAAAAAUAGCUUUGUUUGACCGAAAAAAUGGCUCUUUGCCUCACCUAAAUGUUUCGAGCAUUACAAAAUACGGUUCUCUUCCUAGGACUGCCAAAAAAAGAUUUCUCUCUGAAAAUGCUGGCAAUGCUUCUUCCCAUUCUGGUAAUCCCUUUCAUAAUUUAUUUUUCCCUCAAAAUGAAAAUAAUCAAGGUAGACCAACUUAUCACAAUGUGCCUCAAGAAGAAAUGCAGACUGUGUUACCUCAAAGUCGAGAACAGCCUUACUACUUUAACAAUUCAGAAUUACUGCAGUAUAAGAAUCAAAGACAGUUUCUUCAGCAAACACGCCCUGGCUCUAAUCCUAGUAGAUUGAGCCUGGGGGAACCUCUCAGAUGUAGCACUUCGAUUAACCCUGAAAUAGAAUCAAGAAAUUUAAUUGUAUGUUACGAUCCUAACUGUGAAGUUCUAAAAAAUCAGCUUCGAAUGAAACGCCCUGUAAGCAACGUUCCAAUAACAGGUAAACACAAUGAUUUUCACAUGCCCCGUCAAAAGAAUCGACAAGCAAAUACAGUUCAGCAAGAAGACAGAGGGAUUACCUAUCGGUUACCAAAUAAGGCACUCAAUGAAAUAGGGUUACCAAUUACGACGCAUGAAAGCUGCAAGUCAACGAAACACAGAUCUCGAUCCGAAAGUCCCCAUUACAUUCCUCUUUCAGAAACUUAUUCUUUGGACAAGGCUGCGAGGCUAAAAAAUGAUAUGAAUAAGAAUACUCAAAAACAUUGUUCCACUGAAAACCGCAAUUUUCUUAAACCUAAUGUACCAUUUCAAACUCAAGAUUCACAGAAUUCGCUAAAGGGCAAGCUGAACGGACAUCCGAAUUGUUUUCGAGAUAUUCCAGUUCUAAGGGCUAUUGAAAAUAGAGACAAAAGUAUUGAAAAUGACUCUCAGUUUUUAAACCAGGCUAGAAGGCAAGCCAUUCGAUCGAGCAUGUACGUUCAGAAGCGGAGAUUUGUGAAUAAAAUUUGCAAAUACAAGAGCAAAGAAUGCGAGGAUGGUUUUUCAUCCAUGGCUGACGAUGAAUGCAGUUUUAAUUGCAGUUGUUCCAGUUGUGUGGCGAAAUUUUCUAGACAAUACAAAAGAAAUAUGAAUAAAAACACCUUGGGGCUUACUGGCGAUGAUAAAUAUUUUUUCAUUCACACAGGGGAUGAACAGGAUAUGGGAGGCUUGCCUUCAGUGCCAGAAGUUUCAGCUGAAGACGACGCGCAGACUAAAACUGCUGAGAUACAAAAUGCUCUAGAACAAGGUCCGAACACUACUUGGUAUGAAUGCAAUGAUUCUCUUUGCAAAACUCCAGGGAAAGAGAACGCAGAUUCUAAAGAAAAUUCUACCCCCAAAAAGUCCCAAGAUGCCAAAAAUAUGGGAAAGGGCAUUUAUGAAAACAUAACCCAAAUAAUAAAUAGCGCUACAAAACAAAACUUCAAACCUCAAGAUGUAGAAAGGAUGUUUUCCACUCCAAUUUCAACAACAAAACUGAAAAGGGAAUUAGAAAAAUCGGAGUCUGGUAAAAAAAUCUCCAGGGCAUUAUUUUCACCAACUGAUAAACCAUCUACUUCAGACAAAGGGCAAAGGCAUUCACUUUCCCCAGCCAAAUCGCCAAUCGUCUUCAGUGAUUCUGUUAUACUCCUGCAAGAAAUUUUCCAGAAGUUAUCCCAGGAAUGUAAAGAACUUUUACAGCCAGGAGUAUCAUCUUCAGUUUCACAGCAAGGUGCUAGUGGAUUAUCUUCAAAAGAAUCGAGUAGCAAGUACAUCAAUAGCUUAGUUAAGAAUCUAAGCUCUAAAGAAAUAAGUGAAGGCGAUUUUGCUAAUAUUAUUGGUGGGAUCGCGCAGAAUAUCUUUCUUGAAGCUAAAUUGAAAAGCAAAACCAGUUUCCUAACUCAAUCGGCAUCGCUUCCAGACUUGACGAAGAACGCUACACCAACGAAACUCAAAAGUGUGACAUCCGUUGCAGAUAUGACUAGCUUUUCAAGUCUCUACAAGGAUGAGGAUGUCUUGAACACUGCCAGCGAUUCUGGUUUCAAAACCGAUAUCGAACCGGCAAAAGAAGGAUCUUCGGUGGCUAGUUCUACACUUGGGGACAGAAUUUUACCAGACGGUUGGAGUAAAACCCCUAUAACACUGUCUAACACCAGUGAUUCCACGACAGAAAAAUCAACCAGCGAGAAAGAAACUUCUAGAAGUUCUGAAUCUGAGCUGCAGCUGUUGGAAGAUGUGAUCCGGCUUGGAAUGGGGCUCUCACCAAUCCGGACAGCCGAGAAAUCCACAUUUUAUGCGGCUUCACCAGCGAAGGCCAGUAAAUUCAAGUCCAAAGAUGUCCUCAGCUGUAAAGGAAAGUUGAAACUGAAGAUUUAUCAUAACAGUGGCUUGGUAACAGUGCACGUGGCAAGAGCGGCUAAACUGAACAGACCCAAUUCCCGAGAACUGAAUCCUUACAUAAAGAUUUCCAUGGUCCCCGACAGCUCGAAGCGCGUACACUGGAGGACGACGGUUCAGAAAGGACAGAAGAACCCCGUCAUCAACCAGAAGUUUUCCUUUGAGUUGCUGGCAGAAGAUUCAACGAAGAGACUGGUCUUCUCCGUCUGGCACAGAGACCUUGUAAAGGAGCGAAGUGAGCUGGUGGGUUGCAUGUCUUUCAGCAUCAGGCGUGUUCUAGAUGAAACGCACAAAAUUGAUGGAUGGUACAGAUUACUCCGAGAAGGAUUUGGUACACAGAAACAUUUUGCUGCACAUCGGAAAAAUUCCUGUUCCACCACAGCCAUUUAAUGAGGACAUGAAACCCUCCUGUUAUCCAUGUAUCAUAGAAAAUCUCUUUUUCAUUAAAAGUAAAAUACGUUCCUAAUAGAA